CAUGUUGUUGCACUGCAGAUUCUGUGCAGUUUCCUUGCCAGCCUUCCACCAGCUGAGGGUAUAAGCUGUUAUUCAUGCCUAGAGUAUCCAGGCUCGAGCCAAACAUGCAGCAACCCUUCCAUAAUUCAAUGCGGACCCUAUUACGACUCUUGUGUAGCUAUGAACGUUACAUCCAACAUAAUGGGGAUUCAUUCUUCAGCAGCCUUGAAAAACUGCUCGAUAUCUAACCAUCAGUGCAACGCAAGCUAUGUCUGUGGCCUAGUGAACAGCUCCAUAUCUCAAUCAAAUGGAACCCUACUCUCAUGCUCAUUGAACUGUUGCUAUGGAGAUCUUUGCAAUGGGCAAGGUGGAGGAGGUAUCCUAUCUCUCUCUCUUUUUUUAUCAUUUUUCGUAAUGUCGUGGUAUAAUAUAUAGAUUUAGCCACAGCUAAAAGCGAAGCUCCCAUUGAUAAAUUUAUAACUUAAAUCAAACAGUAAUUUUGUAUUCCACAAAUCAGUUAACUUAAGGGCACAUUCAUGUGACUUUUGAGGGAAAAGCUAAGUGAUUUUGGAGUGAAACAAACCUUGCAUCGAGUUGAUAUAGCCUUAUAUGUACAGCCAAAAAAACAAUUUUUCGGUCACAUUCAUGAGCAAUAAUGGCUCUUGAUCACAGUAGAUAAGGCGUGGAAAACAAAUUCUUGGAAAACAAAUCAGGCCGAAUUUUUUUGCGUUCGACAAGUUUACAAAUUCUUGCCAAUAAAUCUGGGUGCGUGAAAACCAUUCUUUUAAUUAUUUAUUUAUUUUUAUACACCACAUCUGAGAGAAAGAGUACUAUUAAGCGCUUUUUUUAUCAUACAGUCCUCGUACAAAAUGCAGUAUUUCACAAUUUUUCAAGACAAAUUGCAUGCAUUCAAUACUCAGGACCAUCGAAGCACGCGUGGACUUUUAAUCAGCGAAGCCGUUCAAAAAAUGUCCAAAAUCAAAUAUACGGCCAGCCGGUUCUAACUUUUGACAAGCGCCAAAUUUGCGAAGAAAUUUUAGAAGAGUUACGCUUCAACGUGAUAAAGAAUUUAUUGAGUCUUUUUUUUCUUAAUGGUUUUAUAACGAUGUGUAAUUUUAAAAAGCGUUUGAUACGCUCGGCAUUUUGAGUACUCCUGCAAGCGAUGUUUAUGAACGCCUGAAAACAAACGGCAAAGCGAUGAAAAUUACACUUUUGAGACUACCAACAAUCAAUAACGAAAUAUAAUUCGGUAGAACAUUUACAGAGACAACAAUUUUCAUUCACGAAAGCAAAUGAGUAUUUAAGUGUCUCUAAGAAUCCUCAAGUCUUUACUAGUAAGCUUAAAGAUUAAGUUUAUGUUUUAAGCCGCCGGUUUCCCGGUGUUUGCUUUUUUUAAAGAUGAACUCAAGACAAGAAAAUCGCUCAAAGCUUUCUUUCUACAGCCAAAAUUAUAACUAAAUAUUAUUCGGAAAGUUUUUUCUUUCUAUUUACGGUGAAUUAAUAUCGACUAAAGGCUUUUUAAAGUUUUGUAAGCUUAAGCAUAUGUCAAACCUCAUACUAGGUCAGAUCAGUGUCUCAGUCAAAUCUUAAUACAAACGUGUAUAAACUAGCUUCAUAAUCUGCGCCGCUGGACUUCAUGAAAUUAGAUAAUAUAUAGAUUUAGCUAGGGCUAAAAGCGAAGCUCCCAUUAAUAAAUUUAUAAUUUAAAUCAAACAAUAAAAUUGUAAUCCACAAAUCAGUUAACUUAAGGGCACAUGUGACUUUUUAGGGAAAGCUAAGGCUGAGUGAUUUUAGAGUGAAAAAAAAUCUUACAUCGAAUUGAUAGCCGUAUAUAUACACCCAAAAAAUAGCAAUCAUCUUCGAUCACGUUUAAGAGCCAUAAUGGCUCUUGAUCACAGUAGAUUAGGCCUGGAAAACGAAUUCUUGGAAAAGAAAUCAGGCCGAUUUUUUUGCGUUCGACAAGUUUACUUAACAAAAUCUUGCCAACAACUCUGGGUGCGUGUAAACCAACAUUUCAUACUUUUUAUACAUCACAUCUGAUGUGAAACAGUAAUAUGAGGCGCUCUUUUUAUCAUACAGACCUCAGACAAAAUGCAGUAUUUCACAAUUUUUCAAGACAAAUUGCACUCAUUCAAUAUUCAGAACCGCACGAAGUACGCGUGGGCUUUUAGCAAAACCGUUCAAAAAAUUUACAAAAUCACCUAUACGGCCAGCCGGUUCUCACUUUUGACAAGCGCCAAAUUUUCAAUGAACAUUAAAAGAGUUACGCUUCAACAUAAUAAAGAAUUUAUCGUGUUUAUUUUUUUUUAUUUAAUGGUUUUAUAACCGGCGGUGUGUAAUCUUAAAAAGCGUUUGAUACGCGCGGCAUUUUGAGUACUCCUGCAAGCGAUGUUUAUGAACGACUGAAAACAAACGGCAAAGCGAUUAAAAUUGCAAGAGACUCCUAACAAUCAAUAAAAGAAAUGUAAUUCGGUGAAACACUUACAGAGACAACAAUUUUCAUUCACGAAGACUAGUAUUAAAGCGUCUCUAAAAAUCCUGAGUCUUCAAGCUUAAGCUUAUAAAGCUUUUAGCCGGCUUCCUGGUGUUUAUUGUUUUCAAAGAUGAACUGGAGGCAAGAAAAUUGCUCAAAGUUUUCUUUCUACAGCCAAAAUUAUAACUAAUUACUCGUCGGAUCGUUUUUUCUUUCUAUUUGCGGAGAGAAAAUAUCGACUAAAGGCUUUUUAAAGGUCUGUAAGCUUAUAUCAAACCUCAUACUAGAUUAGAUCAAAAUUAUAACUAAUUACUCUUCGGAUCGUUUUUUCUUUCUAUUUGCGGAGAGAAAAUAUCGACUAAAGGCUUUUUAAAGGUCUGUAAGCUUAUAUCAAACCUCAUACUAGAUUAGAUCAUUGUCUCAGAUCUUAAUACAAACGUGCAUAAACUAGCCUCAUAAACUGCGCUCGACUUCAUGAAAUUAGAUGUUAAACAACAGACACAUACACCGAAUACAAUAAUACUGAGGCUUACCAUUCGAGAUGCAGCUCCUGAAAGCUAUCAAGUAAGGCCAGAAUCGCUUGAGGGACUUUUCAACCCGCAUCCAGCAAAACGAAAACGAUGUCAUCCGAAAUCGGAUUUCCAACUUUGACAAGCGGCACAUUUCUCAACCAAAAAUUCAAUAAACAAACCAGCCAUGAAUAACAGAAGACUGUUGAUAGCAGCUGUAUUUCAUUUUGCGCAUCCAGUGAAAAAAGACAGUAAAAAAAUAUCACAAGAUGACAAAAAACUCUGUCAGCUUCAGCUGUCAAAGUGAACAAGUUUCAAGAUGCUGUAUAAAUUUUCUGCAUGAACACACCUGUCAAAUUUUGACCAAUCAGAGCAUAAAAAUUGGACGGUCUUAGAGCGUGAUGAACGCGUGACUAUGGUGAGAAAAGUGAAAAGCUUCUGUCUCCCUUGCUUGUAUUUUUAAAUGACUGGCUGAAUUUUCGCGUCCGAGAUCAGUUUGAAUUCAAAAUGUUAAUAGUGCGGGGCCAUAGUGACAUUAACACAACACUUUCUGUCAUCAUAUCAUUAUUUUGCUGCCGUUCUCUUUGCCUUUGUAUUUCUCUUUCGCGUUGCCUUUGUCUAUUCAUUCUAGCUCUCUAGUUGUGCUUGCCGGCGUUUUUCACUAUAGUUUUCUCUCGUUCUUCUCACCCUGACUCUUUCUACUUGCCGACCUUCUUCGCUAAAAUUUUUUCUUCUUCUUCUACUUCUAACGCCCUCUCUUUGGCGAUCGUCUUCGCUUGCUCUACGCGUGUUGACUCUUGCUCUCUGCCGUUCAUCUUCUCUUUGCUCUUUGGUUAAAACCUGUCGUCUACACGCUAAAAUCUCUCUGCUGUUGUUUAUUUCGUAAGUUGUAAUAGAAAGUUAUAAACGCUUUGUCAAAAAAUCUUUUUCCUAAGUUGCUUUGAAAUUUAUUUUUUCAAAACCAGUUGAGCGAAAUAAUUGCGCGACGUUGCGCCACGCGAUUUCCCGCCAAAAAAUCUCUACUUUCCCCUACCCCAAGGGUCCAUGCGGACUACUUUCCACUACCCGGAAAGUCCAUACGGACGGACGUACGCUGACGUCAUAACCAAACUUUCUCGGAUGGAUAGUUUACCAAAUUAUCUUAGUUAUGGUGCUCCGCUCGCGCGCGUUUUGCGCGCGCAAGCAGCUCCGCUAUAAAUACAAUAAUUAAUCAGGCUUACCAUAUUUCGAGAUUCAGCUGCUGAAAGCUAUCAAGUAAGGCAAGGAUCGCUUGAACCUUUAUAAUUCUCGUACGCAUCAAGCAAGGUGAAAAACAAAAACGAUGCCAUCCGAAAUCGGAUUAUCGGCUUUGACAAGCGACGCAUUUCUCAACCAAAAACCCAAUAAACAAACCAGCCACGAAUAAGAGAACACGCUUGAUAGCAGCUGUAUUUGGUGGAAAAUAACAGUUAAACACAUCACAUCACAAGUUGACUCAAAACUCUGUCAGCUUCAGCUGUCAAAGUAAACAACUUUCAAGAUGCUGCAUAAAUUUUACGCAUGAACUCACAUGUCAAAUUUUAACCAAUCAGAGCAUAAAAAUUGGACGUGGAGCGUGACCAACACGUGACCAUGGUGGGCAGCGGAUACCCUGUUUUGACAGCUGUCAAUUGAUGACAACAUUGAUGUGCAAUGAGCUUUUCUGGGUUCCCAAAGUAGCUAGAAAGUGUGAGAGUAAACAUUGGUAUACCUGUGGUGCGGACGGACGGGCAGCGGGCGGGCCGACGGGCGGGCGGGUGGUGUACGGUCACGUGAUUACCAAAUUUUCUGGGAUGGGUAGAUUUACUGUACUUACCCAUGGUGCUCGCAGGCGUGCUUCACGCGCCAGAGCUCCGCUAAUAGCGGCAUACAAUGAAAAAAAAAGUAAUGAAAGAUAUUUAAGAAAUGGUAAACGUGCAGCGUGCAACCAUGGAGUUAUGGAUGCACGCGGGAGGUUGCUAAGCACGAAAGAAGCGUAAGAGUCGUACGAGGCGAUAGCCGAGUGCGACUCUAGCUUCUUGAGUACUUAGCAAACCUCCCAAGUGCAUCCAUAACUCCAUGGUUGCACAGCUGCAACGUUUACCAUUUCUUUUAUAACAUAAUCAAAAGAGAAAAACAUUAUCUUCCAUUUGCCUUCGGUUGAGUCAUCGGUACGAGUUCAUGUAUGCUACCAUCUUCCCGCGCGUAAACAAAUCAUGUUCUAUGUUUUUCAAAAACUUGCCUUUGAGUUUUUGUUUCGCUGAAUCAAUCGUUCUCCGUCGUCAGGUAAAUUGCAAAACGUUUUUCGUUGUUAUUCUAAAUGGCAUCUGUCUACUCGCUCUUAAUAUUAGGGUAAAAAUUUUCAGGGAAAACUAUAGAUGCAACUAUAAACACCAACUAAAAAGACUCUAAAAAAUAAGCUAAAACUAAAUAAAUGAAAUAAUUAUCGAGCUUAUUUAUGCGACAAUUUUUGAAAUAAACGUAAAGGAGAAAUAGGAAAAUUUGACUGUAAUUCCUUUAGAAUAACAGGUAACACUAAUUUUAAAAAGAAAUUAACUAGCUUUGUAUCAAGAUCUGUCUGGGGAAAUCCAGCUAUGAAAGUCAAAGUUGAAACUGAAAUUCGCCGACACACACCCGGCGCUGAAGCUGUUGUUUUUCGACCGUUCUCUGAACGACUGUUAUGAAUGAACACUGAGGAACAAAAUAAUACACACAGAAGUUAUUUUUUGAAACAUUUAUUUGAAAACCCAAAUGUUUCUGUACUCAAAUGAAAUUCGCUUAUUCCAGCGUAAUGUGCCCGUUUAAACUCAACUAAAAUUUUUCAUCGAUGCGAUAAAAACUUCACAACAAAGCUGUCUCGAAUUUGAGCUUGUUUCUUAAAAUAUUUGCUAUUACAUAAUAUUUAGCAUCAGCUUGGCCAAAAAGUCAAUAACACAAUGCUAAUUGCUAAAUUUACAUUUCAAACAGACUUUCUCUUCCAUAAAAAAAACACACAAAAUGAACCUUAAAUCUUAACUCGCUCGAUUUUAUAUUCAGCCGAUUCUAGGCCCGAGGAAAACAGUGAUUAAUUCAUCCAGGGCAAAUUUGUCGCUUGAUCUUUUGUCUUUUUUCCUUCAAAACGACAGCUUAGUAUGUUCUCCGACUUCCACUUCUCAUCUGUGCAUUUUAUCGGUGUAUUUUACCGUCAGGAGAGGAGAUUUGUUGAAUUUACCUAAAUUUUACCGCGCUAGCUCAGUUACUUGGGGUGCACCCACGGUCAAAUGGUACUGGCUAACUGACCAAUCAGAGAGCGCGAUUUACUUUUGUUAUGUUAUAAAUAUAAUUGCCUAGCAUUCGGGCCGUGAUCUCUUCACUACUUUAAUUUGAUACACUUUCAUUGUUGCCUUUACGCGUCGGCAGGGUAAGGGUACUUUCUCAUAUGUCAGAGCCGAGAAAACUUGGUUUUACGAUAUUGAGGUCAGAAAUUUAGGUUCCGGGCUUUGGCUAGUAAAAUAGGUACGUAAUAUAGUCUUAUCACUACUCACAAUCUCAUCAUUUAAAAUGUCCUCAAUAUAGAGGCCUUUCAAGGGGGUAUAAGCGACAGGCGUAGUAUAUCCCGAAUACAUCCCUGAGGAAGUUACCAACAACUACAAAAUCAAAAUAACUUUACUUAAGGGUUUUACAAGCAUAUGACAGUUAAUUUUAUUUAUUUACCAGGGAUAUCUUUAUUUACUUAUUUAUUCAUUUAUUUGUGUAUUUUCAGUCAUAUAGCCGAUGUAAACCAUUACUUGAUUCGCACAACUUUAUCAAAACAACAGUUGUGGAAGUUAACAUUGUAUUUUAAGGCUUUUGCAUCCAUUUCUCUAAAUAUACAAGUAAAUGAAAUUUACUCUAAAUCUGAUUAAAUAUCAGGGGAAAUUUCUUAUAACUUGCAUUUUGUACUUGUCGUGCUUUAUAGGAAACGUAACCUUGCCUCCAUGGACAAACCCACCGCCGACAACUUAUCAUCCACCGUUCACCACUCAGAGCCCUUCAGGUGAAAGAUAUUUUAAUUUAUUAUAAUUAUAAGUAUAGACUACGAGUAGUCCCCCAUUUUUCCUCAGGGAUAGUAGAGCGAGCGAAACUCGAGCGCGCGUGAAAAUCACCCCACACGAGAAAAUACGACACGCGGCGGAGAGAGAGAAAAAUGAGGGACUACAGGCGAAGCCCAAGCUUUUGACCCUUCGCGGCCGACUGAUUUCGUAUCCCCUUCAAAAUUAAUUAAGCGCAUCCAAUGGGAUUCCUUCCCUCACUGAGCUAUCAUUGCUCUUGUCAUCGGUAAACUGCGGGGAUAUUUAUUGCAAGCAAAAGAAAACGGCUGUUUCGUGUGAAGAACUUGAGAGGGUAGGCAACACACGACUCUUACUGAUGCCAAACUGCUGCUUGUUCCUAUGAAUUUUUUUUCUGACGGGUAGAUUAUGCUCUGGAGAAAAACUUUUUGACUGAGCAAAUGUGAUUUUUGCCGCUUAUUUCAUACUGAGAGGUCGUGACACGCAUAUUAAUUUUCUGCGGUUAUUGUUUAUGGCAUGAUUUGCCCUCCCAUGCAAGAGCAUUUUCUUUGACCUCUUUUGAAAAGUAAGGCUCUUCAAUGCGGCUAAAUAUGGGUCUUGGGUUGCCUAAUUUCUCCGGAGAUUGCCUCCUGGAUCUGAAUAAUUUUAAGCGAUUUUCUUUUUGGCCGUGAAUGUGAAGGUUUCCUGCGAUUUUUUGUCACGUAGAGUAAGAAGGAUAGUGAUAUCCAAAUCUCAAAGAAUGGAUUGCAGCGUAAACUAAAACUACAUCAACUAUGGAGAAUUGGGAUGUGACUCAGUCAUGACUGCUCAUGAGUUUUGACUGCCGCUUGUUUUUCUGGAGAUAACGUGAGUCUUUGGACUGGAGUGCGUAGUUCCUCCCUCGGUGAUAACUUUUGAAUAAGCUUAACAGCCUUGCGACUGUUCUGUUAUUCUCACCUUGUGAUCAGGCAAGACCAUGGUUUCGGUUCUCCAUGCGAACCUCAUCAGUUGCCGGGUUGGCUUUCUUCUUAGUUGCUUCUACAAGAGCAACUCUAGUUAUUUGUUCUGCUCUAGGUAUUUGUUGUGUAAAUUGUGAUUAUGUCGAGUGUUGAUAGCGGCUAGCGCUUUUUUGACAUAUGUUGACAGAUUUCCAUGGAAGAGCCAAUCAGAGUUUUGCGUUGUGAGAGCAACGCAUAAGUUCAAAAGUUUGGGCUUUGUCUGUAGUCCCUCAUUUUUCUCUCUCCCCGCCGCAUGUCGCCUUUUCUCGCGUGGGGUGAUUUUCACGCGCGCUCGCGUUUCGCUCGCUCUACUUUCCCUGAGGGAAAAUGGGGGACUACUCGUAGUCUAUUAUAAGUACUAAGAUUUACUCACAGAAUGACAGUGAUGAAAAAAUUGUACUGUUUUUAGACACAGCCAAUCAGCGACGGUAAAUUUUCACUAGUGAAAAGUGAUUGUACGCCCCGUCUAUCGGGAAACCACCUGACUUUAAGCGCGAAAACUGGCAAGCGCUUUUUCAUUUUAAAGAUGUUGAAAAGGUUUGGAAACGUCGGGAGCCGGGAGCCGGGGGCGGGAACAGAAGUCUGGGAACGAGUAGUCAGAGGUAGUCCGUAAAAAUCAAAAAUGGCCGAUAAGGAUCAAGGAUCAACGUCGCUAUUUUACUUGAACUAUAUGCUCAUGAGGUGCUUGAAUAAUGAGGAGGUCAGAUAAGCUUAACUUCACGACAUUUUUCACCUAUGUUUUACUAAACAUGUCCUUUUUCUCAAGCCCAAAUUAAGACAUGUUGGCGAUGAGAUAAAAACUGUAAAUCUAAUAAUAGUAUAUCAACAAACCUAUGGUGAGAAGUAAGUGCAAGUUGUAUUAUUUGCAUGUAAACCCUCUAGUGAAAAAUAGUACCCCUUUCACAAGUAAGAAUGCUGCAUCUCUUUUAACUUUUAAAUACACCCUCUUUACAAUAUGAAUAAAUCGCUGAAACAGAUGACAGAUUCCCCCCUUAUGGGGGGGGGGGGGGGGGGGGGGGAAAGAGGGGUUCGGGGGGGGGGGGAAUGGGGGGGGAGAGAGAAACACAAGGUUUUUAUCGGGGGAAGGGGGGGGGGGUUUUUUUUUUUGUAGACUUAAAACAUCGCCGGCAAUAGCCAGAGAUUUUGAUUUGUGAUGAUUAAAAAUGUCAUUAAAACCCCUAAAGAAAAAAAAUCACCCCUUACACAAGAAAAAAUGUUGCAUUUUUUUUAAUUUUUAAAACACCCCCCUUUAAAAAUAAAAAAAACGCGGGAAAAAAAAGAAAAAUCCCCCCCUUUGGGGGGGGGGGGGGGGAGGAGGUAACUGAGGAUUUGCGGUGAGUGAGAAUUAGUGCAUGCAAUGCAAUCCAAUGGUUUUAAUGCAGGAAAGGGUCGUGGGUUUUUUUUUUUGCAGAACUACAAAUGGCCGCCGAAUGACUCUGAGGUUUAGUGAUUAGAGUUAGGAAACUGAGUGAAUCAGGUUCCAUUUUGGGUCAUACUGGCAAAUUGACCUGAAACAAUUGUUUCACAAAAUAAACUGAAAUUGUUUGAUUUUCAUGUAUUAGUAGUGAAACACUUCGAUGAAAAUCGUGAAUUCUUGCAGUGUAGUAGAUCUAAUAAUAGUAAUAGCAGAACCAGAUUGUUAAAGUAGUUUUGGAAAUUUGGUGAUAAAAUGAUCAAUAAGAUUUUUCAAACCAGUAAUCUCUGUCUAAGGAAAUAGGAGACGUCUGCACACGGGAUACCUCGCUGCUUCGAUGUAUGUUACCUAUCAAGGAAAAGUCGUUCAUUCUUUGGUGGGCUAGACAGUAUAUAUUCGCUUGAGUUCAAGAUAUGUGGCUGUGCUUUGCGAGUUUUUCUCCCGACUACAUAUUCUUUCAACUGCUUUUAGAGCAUAUUUUUUUCCUACGGGUUUGUCUUUUGUUGUUGUUGUUGUUGUUUCGAGGCGGGCCCACACCCCUGGAUAUGUUAAGUAAAACGCAAAAGGUAGAAAAUGUCGACAUGAAAUUAUUGCCUCCGCAUAUUAUUUUAAGCACUUCAAGAGCAGAUAGUUCAAGUAAAAUAGCCACGCUUCUCUAUCAUCGAUCUUAUCGGUUUCUUGAUCCUUAACGGGCCAUUUAGGAUUUUUGUGGGGCUUACCGCUGACUACUCGUUUCCAGACUUACGUUCCCCGUUCCCCGCUCCCGGUUCCCUGUUCUCCAUUUUAGUAACAUGCGGUUGGCAAAAUUCUCGAUAGUUAUGAAUACCCUCGACUUCCUCUCGGGUUUGAAUAACUGUCUCGAAUUCUCCCAACCCCUCUCCCGUUUAUAUCAGGUUACAUAAAAACGGAAAACGUUUUCGCUUAAAUAAUACAUAACUGGAGAUCCCGCCUAUUAUUACGUCUCUUUGCAUUUAAGACAUUUGACGACCAGGUUCCAUUAUACCGAGAGGGUUACACCUCAUGGAGUUGAUGUGUUGCCCUAGCUUUCAUUUCUACGCAUGUAUCAUAUCUGAUCAUCAACUGAAUAUAAGUUUUCCUCGUAAAAUAUAAGAGUAAAAAAAGAGCGUAGAAGCAUAAGAGGAGAAUAUCUCCUUUUAUAUUUUGUUCGGAUAUUACGUACUUGACUGUCAAAGCUAAAUAUCCUUUUUUAAUAAUCGUGUUCGUUUUAAUGAGAUACUAUUUAAGCGAUUUAUAGAAUCAUCUCACAAGUCGUUAUCUGUCAUUCGUGUUUAUAAUAACAGGGUGUGGAGCUGUUGUAAACAACACCCUCAAAAGUCCAGGAUAUCCUAGCAGAUAUCCAAAUAACAUGGAUUGCGUCUAUCGGGUACAAAUUCCUCACGGAAUGAUAUUGAGAAUCGUCUUCAGAUCUUUUUACCUGGAAUCUAGGUAAGGACUUGCUUUAUCUACAUGAUUUCUUAAUAAUGUCAAUAUAGUUUUCUUACAUAAGCUAGGAAGGUUUACCUUAGUCGAUUCUAGAGAUCGGUAAUCAUUUGGGAUACUAAAAAGCUUCAGGUGUCGAAGAUCAUUUUUUAUAAUAAGUUAAGAGCUAUUUAGACUUGGGGAGGGAGAGUACUGGUUUCACUGGGCCCCCAAAACUCUGAAGUUAAAGAGCUUCAAAACUGAUUUCCUCGAUUAUUCAUACGAGUUUUAAGUAAAAUUGAAUAUAUUCCAGUAAGAAUAUAACUUCUUGUUCUAGAUAUGACUAUUUGACGAUCAAAAACGAAAACAAUCAGACCUUUGGAAGAUACACUGGUUUGCUGUAUGGAAAAUUUGUUGACGUUACUGGACAAUAUGCUGUGUUGUCUUUUCAAUCGGACGGAAGUAUUACAAAGCCUGGAUAUGUGCUGAGAUUCUAUUUUUACAGUUAGUGCAUUUACAAUUGUUUUUUGUUUUUGUUUUUUUUGUUUUAAUCAUUUUUAUCACAAACAACGCCAAACCUCGUUCCCAGGUUCUCUCUCCUACCCAUGUUAGCUUGCUCUGCAGGGAAGUGUAGGAGAGAACCCUGGGAACGAGGUUGAAACAAUGCCUACCUUAAACAUUAGUUCAACUGAUUGAUAUUCAUUUUUUGUGUGGUAUGCUUAAUAUAAUAUUAAAGGCCAAAAAUAAAAUCAGAUAGUUAAAAAUAGAACAUAAUUAUACACAGUUAAAACUGACGUCCCUUUUUUUUGCUCUUGAUCAGAAACAGUAUAAGAUAAAUCUAAACUAGUGAAAAUAACAUCUUUAUCGAAGUAGAGUAGAUAAAACCGGGCCUAAAAAAGCUGUCGGACCUGAGUGGCCAGUGCUGCGUCGAUGUCUUCAGACAUCGCUAUGUAAAUCCUAGGAGAUGAAGUAAAACUUUCCGUUUUUAUUUCUAUCUCCUCGAUACAUAUAUUUUUUUGCAAUUUCUAGAUGAUUUUUAAGUUUGUUUUUGUUUUUUAUCUCUCUCUCUCUCUUUAAAGGUCAAUAGAAAUCACGUGACCAGUAACCAGGGAAGCAAUCAAGCCAGAAAUUGCCAUAAUUAAACACACUAGUAUUUGUUAAGACUUUCCGGGAAAUAUCUUUUAGGGAAAGUAAGAAAUUUACAGCUAGCCCCAUUAAGAGUUCAGCAAUAUAUGCACGUAACCGACAUCAUCCCCACCAAACACAAAUGUGGGUUCUUUGAAUCUGGCCAUUGGCGUUUCACAAAACCACCAUGCUGUAGACCUACAGACGCACUUGGAGAAGACAAACAAUAAACUCACAUCAUAUAAAAUGAUAAUUCCCUUUGUAUUCUAUUUGCCGGUGCGUAGUUUGCUCUCCAAAUGGCCGUUUUCCUUAUUAUUAUUAUUAUUAUUAUUAUUAUUAUUAUUAUAAUUAUUAUUAUUAUUUAUUACAGGGUAUAAAAUCCGUUAAAAAGGGGCAAUUAUAUCAGUUUUUAGAUGUACGAAAAUCCUAGGAGAGGCAGGCAAGCAAGAAAAAAAAAAAAAAAAACCUACACUCAGGUAGGGUGCAUGCAUCUAGCACUGUUCAUUUUUUUUUUCUGCUUUCCCACAGGAAAUACCACAAACCCACCGCCAACUACAUAUUAUCCACCGCUGACAACCCAGAACCCGUCAGGUAAUAAAAAUAAGCAUAAAAAUAACUUUCAGCGCAAGAGGAUUCAAAUCGAAAUAUUAAAAAUGUUGGCUCAAUCGCUGAUGUUUCUAUUGAAGAUAGCGACAUCUCCAUAUCCCUCAGACUGAAUGAAAAGUGAAAAUGCGGUUCCUCCCAUAAUUGUCAAGUUUACUCAUCGUUGUGUCGGGGAUGCUCUUUACAAAGGAAAGUCGAGGUUAAAGAAUUUGACAAUCGAAGAUACUGGCUAAUGGGCAGUCAAGAUGAUAACAAGAUUUUUAUUCAAGAAAGUCUUACUCCAGCAAGAAGGGAGCUAUUUCACAAAUAUAAUGAGUUAAAGAAGAAAUGCAAACUUCGAUAUAUUUGGUCUUUCUAUGGGAACAUUUGUCUUCGUAAGAAUGAUACCAGCGCCCCAUUUAAAGUCUGCUCCGAGAAAGAUCAUGCAAAAUGGUCACCAGUGAUAUUCUCAUCCAAUUGUAUUACUCCUUAGUGUACCCUUUCCUAACUUAUGGCUUAAUUGUCUGAGGUAAUACUUAUGGUACAACUCUAAAACCUGUUGUAGGCAGUGCCAAUAAUUUCAUAUUCUCAUCGUGAUGCUCAUUCUAGUCCACUGUUUUCACAGCUAGCUUUAAUGAAGCUUAUGGAUCUUGUAACUAUUCAUACUGCCCUUUUUAUGUUUCAAUUCCAUCACAAUCUACUAAAUACAGCUUUUAACAACUUAUUUUUACUUGUAUCAUCUAAGCAUGGGUAUAGUACUAGGCUAGCGUCAAAGUCAACUUAUUAUAUUGAUCAGGUCAGAACUAAUCACAUAAAUUUAAUUUUCACUUCUCUGGUGCUUCUGUUUGGAAUAAUCUGGAUGGAAAUUUAAAAAGCAGUUCUUUGACAGUAUUGAAGCAAACGGGAAGGCAGAUAUUUUAUCAACUUACUGUUGUUGCUGACCAAUGUGGAAUAACUUAUCCUUAUUAAUGUAAACUUAAUAAUUCUCUGGUACCGUUUUUGUUUGCGUUUUUGUUUGUUUUUCUUUUAUGUUGUUCUAUUUUAUCUUAAUUACAUUAAUUAAUUAAUUAAUUAACUUAUGUUUAUCACACUUUUUUUAUCACAGUAUCUCCUAAAUUUAUGAUAUUUAUCCUUUUUAUUAUCGUGUGUUGUAACCAUAAAAUUUUUGCCAUUCUGAGUAGUUUUUUGCUUUAUCUAUUUUAAUUUAUGCUUUUCUUGUAAAUGUUUUAAGAUGAAAAAAUAAAAUGGUUAGUUGUUGUUGUUGUUGUUGUUAUUGUUGUAUUGCAUUAACCCCUGAUCAUUUUUUUUCUGCUGUCCCACAGGAAAUGCCACAAACCCACCGCCAACUACAUAUUAUCCACCGCUGACAACCCAGGGCCCGUCAGGUAAUGAAAAUAAGCAUGAAAAUAACUAAUGCGGCCGUACAUUGAUAGAAGUUACUCGACUUUCAAAACUAAGCAUCCUUUUUUAGAAACAAUAGUGUUCGUUUUUAUUGAGAUAAUAUUAACUGAUUUAUAGAAUUCACUCACAAGUCGUAAUCUGUCAUUCGUGUUUAUAAUAACAGGGUGUGGAGCUGUUGUAAACAACACCCUCAAAAGUCCAAGAUAUCCUAGCAGAUAUCCAAAUAACAUGAAUUGCGUCUAUCGGGUACAAAUUCCUCACGGAAUGGUAAUGAGAAUCAACUUCAGUUCUUUUCUCCUGGAAUCUGGGUAAGGACUUGUUUUACAGAAAUUAAUAACCAGCUUUUUGCCACCACAAAUCUUAAUCUGUAACACUAUAAUGUCAUUAUAUUUUUCUUACAUAAGCCAGGUGGGUAUACCUUAGUCGAUUCUGGAGAUCGGUAAUCGUUUAGGAAACUUACAAGCUUAAAGCUAUUCAGACUAGGGGGAGUACUGGUUUUAUAGGGCCCUCAAAACGUUAAAGUUGAAUAACUUAAAAAACCGUUUAAGCUUUGACCGCCAGUCAUGGCGAAUUUUCCUAAAACUUAUGUGAGAACUUUGUAACGUCGUCGUAACGUUAACAUUAACGUUCUCCACUUACCGUGGCAACCUAAUUUUAACGACCAUGUUUUUCAAAAUUUGCAUUUUUCUUAUGAGGGGUUUUAUUACCAUUUUUCACUGAUUAAAUAUAAUUAUGAUAAUACACUUAAUUUAGCAUUAUUCAAUCAAAUUUAUUAUAACUGCUAAUGUGAUCCAGACAUUUUAAGGUCCUUAUUUGAAGCGGGAAAAAAAGGAAAAAUUAAAAAAAAAAUUAAAAAAUUACCAAAUGACAGAUGAUGGGUACAAUUUUCAAAAGUUUUCAUUUCUCUGGGAUUUUUUUUUUUUUACAAAUAAUUAGCUUCUUAAGCAUCCUUUUAUACACAAAUUGAAUUUUACAUCACGAUUACCUUGAUUUAUACGAGCUUUGAGUAAAAAUUGACUAUAUUUCAAUAACAAUAUAACUUCUUCUUUAAAUGUUGUUCUAGAUUUGAUUACCUGACGAUAAAAAACGAAAACAAUCAGAACUUUGGAAGAUACAGUGGUGGGCAGUCUGGACAAAUUGUUGACGUUACUGGACGUUAUGCCGUGUUGUCUUUUCAUUCUGACGGAAGUGUGGGAUAUAGAGGGUUUCUGCUGAGAUUCUUUUUUUACAGUUAGUGCAUUUACAACGCCUUUCUUCAAUUAUUAGUUCAACCAUUUACAUGCAUUUUGUUUGUGUUGUUUGCUUAAACGGUAUAAUAUUUAAAGUUAAAAGUAAAAUAAAAUAUAAUAUAACAUUAUUAUGCAUAGUUAUAGCUGACUUCGCUUUUUUCACCCUAGAAACUGUUUAAGAUAAGUCUGAACUAGUGCAAAUAACAUCUAUAUCAAAAUAGAGUAGACAAAACCUGGUCUAGAAAAAAACGGGUGUCAUCGAAAAAGGAAAUGUUUUGUCUUCAAUUGUGUUCAAUUUAUAUGAUUUUUAAGAAGGGCUGGAAGAGUGCAUGCUUGUGAUAAGUUUAAAUGUACAUAUAUAUAUAUAUAUAUUCUCCAAAAGGCCAAUAGAAAUCACGUGACCAGUAACCAUGGAAGCAAUCAAGCAAUAAAUUAUCAUAAUUAAACACAUUAUUUCUUGUUAAAAUUUUGCGACAAAUAUCUUUUAGGGAAAGAAAGUUAUAGCCUCAAGAUUUCAGCAAUUUAUGUACACAUCCGAAAUACGUCUCCACCAAAUACAAAUGUAGGUUCUUUGAAUCUGGCCAUUGGCGGUUCACGAAACCACCAUGCUGUAGACCUACGGACGCACUGGGAGAAGACAAACAAAGACCUCACAUCAUAUAAAAUGAUAAUUCCCUUUGUAUUCUAUUUCCCAUUGCGUCUUUUGCUCUUCGGAUGGCGUUUCUGUUUUUUUGUAUUUUUUUUUUCAAUUUUUUUUUACACCCAAGGCCCGUUAGGUAAUGAAAAUAAGCAUGAAAAUAACUUUCAGCACAAGAGGAUUCAAAUCAAAUUGUUAGCAAUUAUUGGACAAGGUUGAACAAAAUAAUUGAUCUGCGAGACACUGACAAAUCACGAUAUAAUUGUUUUAUCAUUCGAUCACCGAGUUUGUUUUUUUUAAUGAAUAUCCUCGGGAAGCUAAGCUAUCUGCCAUUUUCACGCAAGAGCGAUCGCAAGAAGGAGAAAAGCACGGUUUCCUUUACGCAUGUACAGAAUAUUAUUUGCAGCCAAACACAGUUGGACGGCAUUGCGCAUGAGCACACCAUUAUUUGUAGGCAGUUUUUUGCAGGUCAAGGGUGGGCUCUUGGCCAAUGAAAAGGAAGAAACGUUUGCAUCGAAUGAUGAUUAAAAAUGUUGGCUCAAUCCUUGAUGUUUCUAUUGAAGAUAGCGACAUCUCCAUAUCCCACAGAAUGAAAUUAAGGUGAAAAUGCGGUUCCUCCCAUAAUUGUCAAGUUUACUUGUCGUUGUGUCGGGGAUGCUCUUUACAAAGCAAAGUCGAGGUUAAAGAAUUUGACAAUCGAAGACAUUGGCUAAUGGGCAGUCAAGGUGAUAACAAGAUUUUUAUUAAAGAAAGUCUUACUCCAGUAAGGAGGGAGCUAUUGUACAAAUAUAAUGAGCUAAAGAAGAAAUGCAAACUUCGAUAUAUCUGGUCUUUUUAUGGGAACAUUUUUCUUCGUAAGAAUGAUACCAGCGCCCCAUUUAAAGUCUGUUCCGAGAAAGAUCAGGCAAAAUGGUCACUAAUGAUAUUCUCAUCCAAUUGUAUCACUCCUUAGUGUUCCCUUUCCUAACUUAUGGCUUAAUUGUCUGAGGUAAUACUUAUGGUACAACUCUAAACCCGGCCUGUUGUAGUUUUACAGAAAAAGGAAGUGCGAAUAAUUACAUAUUCUCAUUGUGAUGCUCAUUCUAGUCCACUGUUUUCACAGCUAGGUUUAAUGAAGCUUAUGGAUCUUGUAACUAUUCAUACUGCCCUUUUUAUGUUUCAAUUCCAUCACAAUCUACUAAAUACAGCUUUUAACAACUUAUUUUUACUUGUAUCAUCUAAGCAUGGGUAUAGUACUAGGCUAGCGUCAAAGUCAACUUAUUAUAUUGAUCAGGUCAGAACUAAUCACAUAAAUUUAAUUUUCACUUCUCUGGUGCUUCUGUUUGGAAUAAUCUGGAUGGAAAUUUAAAAAGCAGUUCUUUGACGCUAUUGAAGCAAACGAGAAGGCAGAUAUUUUAUCAACUUACUGUUGAUGCUGGCCAGUGUGGAAUAACCUACCCUUAUUAAUGUAAACUUAAUAAUUCUCUGCUACCGUUUUUGUUUGCGUUUUUGUUUGUUUUUCUUUUAUGUUGUUAUAUUGUAGCUUAAUUUAAUUAAUUAAUUAACUUAUUUUUAUCACAUUUUUUCUAUCACACUAUCUCCUAAAUUUAUGAUAUUUUUCCUUUUUAUUAUCGUGUGUUGCAACCCUAUAAAUUUUUGCUUCAAUUCUAUUUCAAUUUAUGCUUUUCUUGUAAAUGUUUUAAGAUGAAAAAAUAAAAUGGUUAGUUGUUGUUGUUGUUGUUAUUGUUGUAUUGCAUUAACCCCUGAUCAUUUUUUUUUUCUGCUAUCCCAUAGGAAAUGCCACAAACCCACCGCCCACUACAUAUUAUCCACCGCUGACAACCCAGAACCCGUCAGGUAAUGAAAAUAAGCAUGAAAAUAACUAAUGCGGUCGUACAUUGAGAGAAGUUACUUGACUUUCAAAACUAAGCAUCCUUUUUUUUAGAAACAAUAGUGUUCGUUUUUAUUGAGAUAAUAUUAACUGAUUUAUAGAAUCCACUCACAAGUCGUUAUCUGUCAUUCGUGUUUAUAAUAACAGGGUGUGGCGCUGUUGUAAACAACACCCUCAAAAGUCCAAGAUAUCCUAGCAGAUAUCCAAAUUACAUGAAUUGCGUCUAUCGGGUACAAAUUCCUCACGGAAUGGUAAUGAGAAUCAACUUCAGUUCUUUUCUCCUGGAAUCUGGGUAAGGACUUGUUUUACAGAAAUUAAUAACCAGCUUUUUGCCAUCGGAAAUCUUAAUCUGUAACACUAUAAUGUUAUUAUAGUUUUCUUACAAGCGAGGUAGGUAUACCUCAGUCGAUUCUGGAGAUCGGUAAUCGUUUAGGAAACUAACAAGCUUAAAGCUAUUCAGACUAGGGGGAGUACUGGUUUUAUAAGGCCCUCAAAACGUUAAAGUUGAAUAACUUCAAAACCGUUUAAGCUUUGACCGCCAGUCAUGGCGAAUUUUCCUAAAACUAAAAUGAGAACGUUGUAAAGUCGUCAUAACGUUAACAUUAGGGAGCUUAAGCAACUACGACAACAACCACAACGACGACUUCAAAAAAACAAUAGCUUUAAUGAUCAAAACAACAGCUCUGCACGCGUCACGCUUUUUACUACAUUUCUUUGACGUCUACCGCACUACGACGUGAAACCUCCUAAUUUGACGUUUUAUGGAGGACUUGGAUAUACGACGACGGAUUUUCCUUCAUCUUUUUGAACCUGAAUAAAAUUCUUAAGAAUUCAAACCCAGGAAAAGUCGCCUGCGUUUGACAUAUUGAGCGGGUCCAAAUAGAUGCGAUUAAGUUUGAACAAGAGACUAUAGAGGGGACAGAGACGAGCUCGAGACGAAUUACCUAUGGAAUAGGGUGUAUAUCGGGGAUGCCCUCUCUGUCCCCUUUAAAGUCUCUUGGUUUGAAAGAACGCAAAUUCAUUUUUUAGCGACGUUUUCUCUGCCUUCGUCAUCGUCCUUGCUUAAGGUCCCGAUUAACGUUCUACGCUUGCCGUGGUAACCUAAUUUUGACAACCAUGUUUUUAAAAAUGUGCAUUUUUCUUAUGAGGGGUUUUAUUCUCAUUUUUCACUGAUUAAAUAUAAUUAUUAUAGUACACUUAAUUUAGCAUUAUUCAAUCAAAUUUAUUAUAACUGUUAAUGUGAUCCAGACAUUUUAAAGUCCUUAUUUGAAGUGGAAAAUAAGGAAUAAAAAAAGAAUUUAAAAAAUGAGCAAAUGGCAGAUGAUGGGUACUUUUUUCAAAAGUUUUCAUUUCUCUGGGAUUUUUUUUUUAAUUUUUUAAUUUUUUAAUUUUUUUUUUUUACAAACAAUUACCUCAUUAAGCAUCUUUUUAUACACAAAUUGAAUUUUACAUCAUGAUUGGCUUGAUUUAUACGACUUUUAAGGAAAAUUGACUAUAUUUCAAUAACAAUGUAACUUCUUCUUUAAAUGUUGUUCUAGAUAUGACUACCUGACGAUAAAGAACGAAAACAAUCAGAACUUUGGAAGAUACACUGGUGGGCAGUCAGGAAAAAUUGUUGACGUUACUGGACGUUAUGCCGUGUUGUCUUUUCAAUCUGACGGAAGUGUGGGAUAUAGAGGGUUUCUGCUGAGAUUCUUUUUUUACAGUUAGUGCAUUUACAACGUCUUUCUUCAGCUAUUUAUAACUAUUUAUAUGCAUUUUGUUUGUGUUGUUUGCUUAAAAGGUAUAAUAUUUAAAGCUAAAAGUAAAAUAAAAUAUAAUAUAACAUUAUUAUGCAUAGUUAAAAAUGACUUAGCAUUUUUCACUCUAGAAACUGUGUAAGAGAAGUCUGAAGUAGUGCAAAUAACAUCUAUAUCAAAAUAGAGCAGAUAAAACCUGGUCUAAAAAAACAACGGGUGUCAUACAAAAAGGAAAUGUUUCGUCUUCAAUUGUGUUCAAUUUAUAUGAUUUUUAUGAAGGGCUGGAAGAGUGCAUGCUUGUGAUAAGUUUAAAUGUACACACACACAUAUAUAUGUAUAUAUAUUUAUACACAAAAAUAUUACAUUCUCCAAAAAGCCAAUAGAAAUCACGUGACCAGUAACCAUGGAAGCAAUCAAGCCAUAAAUUAUCAUAAUUAAACACAAUAGUUCUUGUUAAAAUUUUCCGAGAAAUAUCUUUUGGGGAAAGAAAGUUAUAGCCUCAAGAGUUCAGCAAUUUAUGAACACAUCCGACAUUCGUCCCCAUCAAAUACAAAUGUAGGUUCUCUGAAUCUGGGCAUUGGCGUUUCACAAAACCACCAUGCUGUAGACCUACGGACGCACUGGGAGAAGACAAACAAUUAACUCACAUCAUAAAAAGUGAUAAUUCUCUUUGUAUUCUUUUUCCCAGUGCGUCUUUUGCUCUUCAGAUGGCGUUUUUUUUUCACUUUUUUUUUUUACAGCUGGAUGUCUAUUCCACUGGCCACAACAACGAUAACAAAAAAAACAACAACAACAACAACAACAACAACAACAAAAACAAAAACAUACACUCAGGUAGGGUGCAUGCAUCUUCCACUGUUCAUUUUUUUUUCUGUCUAUCCCAAAGGAAAUGCCACAAACCCACCGCCAACUACAUAUUAUCCACCGCUGACAACCCAGAACCCGUCAGGUAAUGAAAAUAAGCAUAAAAAUAACUAAUGCAGGACUUACAUUCACUUGAUAAUACUUUUCCCUAUAAAUGAGGCAGUUAUCCUGGAUUCAAAUAGUAUUCAGUCUUCUUACACUUAUCAUCAUCAUCAUCUUAAUUAUCAUUAUUAUUAUUAUUAUUAUUAUUAUUAUUGUUAAGUUUCCGAAAUUUUCAGGUUAAUCAGUGAGAUCGUCUUUUUGAGACCUUACGUUUUAUUGUUUUUUUUAAAAUUAUUUCCGUCCAGCCCUAACUGCACAAAAGCAAAAAUGAUCUUCCUCUCUUCAUGUAACUAGAACAACUAAACGGCCCUUCAUCCAUUCAUCCUUACUCACACUGAUUCACUCACACUUAGAUUUAAGGAAAGUCAAGCUACCUUGUAUACAUUGACCUUGAAAAUGUCAGCGAUAUACAGAUGCAGCAACGGAUAAGGGAUAACGAGGCCUCCCCAAUCAUACCUAGUCACAAUAAGUACUAUAGACUGCGUUUAACGCUGGAUACACAUAUAAACUGAAUUAGCCAAUCGGUAGUUAAAAGUGUUAACUCUAGAUUUAAAAUUUAAGAAAGGGAAAUUAAGGCUGAUGUCACAUUUUGUUUGCAUUUAAUGUUCUCCUCUGUCUGUGUUUAAUUCAAACUAUUUCGCCUUUUAAAACCUCAUGCAUCAAGAACUUGGGGUAACCCUUCGCUUUCAAUACGGAACCUCUAGUAUAACUUUCUUUAGGCCCAGUCCUCACGUAUCCGGCUUUUUUGUACACCAAAUUCCCUCCCCUCCCCCUCCCCCCCACCCCUGUUUUCGAGAAAGAAAAAUACGGUUCCACACGUAGCCUAUUCGAAUCGUUUUCGCCCACUAAAACGAUGGAAAUGCGAUAGCAUCACUUACGGAGCACGCGCAGUGCUAGUAUGUUAUGAUGUAUGACAUCAUUGCGUGUUUACAACUUCCUUUUUCGUCCGUCCACAGUCAAUAUUUUUCUUUUCCUGUUUGGCAGGGUGUGGUGGUGUUGUUAACAACGUCCUCAAGAGUCCUAGAUAUCCCCUGAACUACCCAAACAACAUGGAUUGUAACUACUGGGUGCUUAUUCCACUCGGUUAUGUGCUGAACAUUUCCUUUAGUUCUUUUGAGCUGGAAUAUUCAUGGUCCUGCAGGUAAAGACUAGUUUUGAAUUAUCACCAUCAACAUUAGAAAAAACAGAAAAUAUUAUUAUGAUGAUAACAACCUGAUUUGUUGCAAGACAGUACAGGCUCGCACAACUUCGCUUUUCAACAGCCAUUUGCAAGGUGGCGUCAAUUUAAUACUACUACUAAAAAAAUUAUUUCGUUUUCCCUUUUAUAUUCAAUGGUGGUUUUCCAAAGAGGCCUAUUUAACUCGUUUUGCAGCAAUGUUACAAAAUUUGUUGCUCGUUCUUGUUGCGCGUUUUACCCUGGCUUUUAGCCUGCAGCGCAGGCGUUUUCUUCGGGCGCGCGAAUUUUUUUUCUCGCGAAAGCGCCAUGUUGAAACUACUCUCCCAAUCCUCCUCUGUCAUAAAAUCAAAGAUGGCGGCUACAACAAUACGAACAUGAACAAGCUUUCCCCCACCCAAAAUACACUUGCACUGAGGCUACCUAGCUUUAGGCGCUUAAUUUCACAUCAUAUCGGAUGGCUUUUGCGUGGGCACGAAACCACAUUGGAUGGGGUUUCUGUUCAAAUAACAAUGAAAACGGUGAUUUCAGCACGAUUUCUAUGCCGGAAGAAAGCUGCGCCGCACUGAUCUCUGAAGUGGAGAGCAACAUAUCGGAAAGGUGUUCACGCUAUAGCUUUUCGUGACGGCACAAUAACCUAUCCGCUCUAGCGUGUACAAUUGUGUGUACUUAACAAUUAUUCCUCGAGCCCGAAUGGGCUCUGAGUCAAUAGCCAAUGAGGCCGAAGGCCGAAUGGGCUAUUGACUCAAACUCCACGAGGGCGAGAGGAAUAAUUGUUUUAGUAAAAUCCAACUAGUUGGUCAAAAAUAUCGAGACAAAACAACUUUAGCUAGUUAAAGCUAGACUUUAAUCCUUUUUUGCUUCCUAAAAGCCGGCGCUUUUCGCUACUAAAGGGCUAUAACAUAUAGCCUAGUUAAUCAGAAUGCAGCAUUGAUAAUAGACCACUCUUUGGAUUUUACUAAUUGUAUAUAGGCUUGGAUUUAAAACUGAUAAUAUUAAAAAUAUGAAAUAUAUCAAGAAAUAGAUCUUUACAACAAUUAAAUAAAAAUGAACAGAAAACAACGAUAAAACAAGCAAAACAAACAACAACAACAUCAACAAAUACAACUAAACAAAUCAAUAAAAUUUUAAUUACAUUAGGGUCACGAAAUCUCCUCUCUUUUCAAAAGACUCAUCAAAUAAAGAUUGUGUCUGCUUACUUAAUUUUCAGUGCUUGAAAUAAAGGCGCUUGGAGCCACCACCAUUCGAGAUUACUUGCUCCUAUUUGUAGUUUUCUUUCGAAUGGUAUACAAAGAAAAAACAAAACAAAACAAAAUUAGACAAAGAUACUUUGUUUGUAUGUUUCGUUGCAAGCAUUCUUUCCUACUUUCGCCUUUUCCGAAAAGACGCCGACUGUUUUGAUUAUUUUUUUGCAGAUAUGACUACUUAAAGAUUACUAAUGAGCACAAUCAGACCGUUGGAAAGUACUGCGGAGUAAAAACUGGACGAAAUGUUUACGUCACUGGGCGCUUUGCUGUGAUAUCAUUUCACUCCGACGGAAGUCGUGCAUUUAGUGGAUAUCUGCUAAAUUUUUCAUAUAUCAGUGGGUAUAUUUUUUUUAACGUUUACCUACUUUUAACCCGAAGUAAAGAGUAUUUUUAACGGUUUUCGAACCUAAACGCGUAUACGCUAUGGACAGGUAUAUAGUGGAGUACAUAGUGAGACACUAUGACAGGGCAUUUAUUUUUGGGGGUUGCUGUUCUGCUUAAGUAAAAUCGCUAUCAAUAAUCCCCGGAUGUGAUUUUUUAUUGAGAAAAUUCUAAGAGACAAAAUAUGCCUCCUUUUGUUAUUCGUUAGACUAUCUCACAUUUCGCCACGCCCAAAACAACCUAUACCUGUCUCUGAAGUACAAAAACCUCCGAAGGAAGGUCAGAAACAUUUUGGCAACUUGGCAAGAAAAGUCACAUAUUACAUGAACCUUCAGAUUAUUCAACCACAACGUAUCAAGCCUUUAAAUGCUGAAAAAAAGUAUUGAUAACUUUUCGUCCAGUAUAAGCGUUGGCUUUCAAAGAUCAUGGCAAUGAAUUAAUUAAGAUGUGUUCUUCCCCUUUGAACUUGUGUGAACUUCAGAAUCUUCAGCAUAUAAAGCAGCGUAACUGUAUUAACGGACAUUGGUUAUUUCAUUUAUUUGAACGUUAAAAAGGGUCGGUCAAAGUAUUGACCCCUUGAGAGACGCCUAUUAGAAGAGCCACAACCACAACACGAGAGAAACUGAGUUAUAUUAGAAAGAUAGGCCUCAUCCACUCCACGGCUGUGGCGCGUACACCGUAUGCUUGCAGUUUGUCCAGAAGAGUAGCGUGAGCAAUCUCGUCGAAUGCAAGAAAAAGAAAGCACAUAUGACGCUUUCCCGUUUGUCCAUAGCCAAUUUCCAUGAAUCGACUGUUCUGAUCAAUGCAGUUGUAGCUAGUAGAAGAUUCUUUGACGAAGGCAAACUGGUGCUGUUGAAUUAGAUCUGCUUCUUUAAGCUUGUAGCUCUUGGAUUUUCGAGAUGUAAGACAGGACUGACAUAGGUUUAUAGUUGUCGCUCUCUGAUCUCUUGUCACCCUUAUACACUUUAGUUACUUUCGCGGGUUUCCAAGAGGUGGGAUAUAUUCCUUGAUUGACAGACUCAUUGAUAAAAAUGAGUGACGACCUGGCUGAUGUGGGGUGCAGCGAUCUUUAAUGCUAUUGUGGGAAUCCCGCCAGAAACAGUAGCUUUAGACGCGUCGAUUGUGUAUCAAGUUAUGAACGUCCUGGUGGCGCAAGUUGUGGCAGAUUGAGCAUGUGAGGGCUGGUGGUUUCCUUAGUUUGAUUGUUACGGUAGAUCGUACGCCCGUCAAAAGUCCCGUUCACACCACAGCUUAAACACUUAAAGCUGUUUAGCUAAACACGUUUUAAUUUUUUUUCUUUUAUAAAAGCUGCUUACUGACUUAAAACUGUGAAAGGUUUGAACCCAGGAGUCAUUUCAAAAGUAGGUUGAGUUUGAUCAUCCGGGAGAACGUAGUCCUGAAUAGGACUGUUGUUUUUGACAGUGACUGACGUUUCGACAACCUGUGCGGUAGUCAUCAACGUGGUUUGUAUCACGUCAGUUGAUGGUAUUAUACUCUGGUUAUUGAUAUGAUUGGUCAAUUACGUCGCGAUGUUAAUGGUCGUCUGUCAGUUAAGCCGUGAUGUUAUUGGCUAUGAAGACUCGUAAUCAGUAAUUGGUGCGUUUCGAUCCGUCUAUUUACUGACUUAAGUUGACUCCAAAUUUAGUGCAAAUUACAAAACAUGAUGAAUUUUAUUUAAAUCCUGUGUGAAACCCAGCUGUGUUCCAGUUUUCCGUGUCUGUUUUUCAUUUUUUAAAACCUGGUUUAAUUAAACAUGUUUAGUUGGUGUGAAUGGGGCAUAGAAAAGACGACACAAUGGUUGUGAAAUAUGGUUUAAUGAUUCUGCAGUACGGCUCAAGGGUCAUGCAGUUCGUUCCCAUCUACUACCACGUUCUGAAUUUCACUACCCUUAUCUUAAAUUUACCAGGCAAAGCUUUGCGAAGUAUAUAUAGUUUACCUCAUAGAAAGUGCUUUGUACGGCGUUAUAUUCACGGAGUUGUUUGUGUCAAAAGCACUCUCUCGCUCGUACCUCGCUCGUUAAAACAACUCGUGAAUAUAGAUUGUUUUCACUGUCACGGAACAAAAAAAUAAAUUGGAAAUCGUCCAGUGGAAGAGGCCAAGAAAAUGAAAUGUUAUAAUAGACUAAUGAACAAUUUGUCGACGUCUCAGGUCUUUGUGGCCACAGUUUCUGAGUUAUUUGCAGAAAAAUCUCACGCACCUUUGGAGAGCUAAUUGUAUAGAGACGCUAUAUUGGUGUACCGUUUUGGUGUACCAAUAUGGCCUCUCGUAAUUCAUAAAAACAUCUGGAGUUCACUUUUUUUAUAAAAGCUCUUUCUUUUCACUCGAGAACUAGCAUACGUGCGGAUAAACAUAUCUUCUAAUACUUGAAAUUGUUAUACUGCUGAAAACCAAGAGAAUAAGAGACAGCAUUCCUAUUUUGGUGUCACGCACUGUGAAAACUCGGAAGUUCAAAUUGCUGUAUUUUUGAAAUGAAACGUGCUACGGGAAUGGAAACUUCGACAAAGAUUUACUUUUUGUUUAUCUUUAACCUGGUGUAAAUACCAAUUCGUAAAACCUCGUUAUUUUGACUUUACAAUUUGAUGACGUCACUGUGAAAAUCAUCUAUUACCCCGUACAAAGCACUUUCAGAUUAAUAUUACACAUAUCACGAGAAUUUUCUCUGAAAUAGUUUUCUCAAUGUAACACAUAUUACUAAGAGCAAAUCACAAAGAGUAGAACCAGAUGCAAAUUUAACAGUAAUUGCAAAUCUCGCAGCACAUCCUAUAUCCUCAUCGUGCUGAACAGAAAAUUUACUUGCAAAAGUUUAAUCUAGUAAGUACGUUACAAAAAACAGACCUAAGUGAUGUGUGCUGUAUUAUUAUUCUCCGUCGUUCUUCCGAACUUGAAGUAGAAAAAAAAUGGCGAUUAACACGUCGGGAUCUCUUUCAUCAAUAUUUUCCAACUCUCUCCGCUCGUUCCUUGAAACUAAAACCUUUUUAAUAACGAUCGCUCUGUGUUUUGCUUGAUGCGCUCUUGUUUUCUUGAUGCUGCACAAACUCUUCUAAGGAGCAACCACCCGACACAGACCUGUUAUUUUUUCCUUCGUUCCCACUAUUUUCUGAAGAAAAAUUUGGAAGCGCCCCAAAAAAGCCGCCAAAUCUAGAAAACAAUUGAAUGCCAAAGAUGAAAGACUCUGAUUGGAUCAAAAUCAUCUACGCGGUCGUUGAUUGGUUAUACUUCCGCAUGUGAAAACAGCUGUACACCGUAGUCUGAUUGGCUGUAUAAGCUUUUCUCACAUGUGAAAAUAAAGCGUAUAAAUUUCUACAAACAAGCUUUAACAAAUAAAACUCUCGUGAUACGGGUAUUAAAUAAUGAUAUACUUCCCUCAUGACUAACACUUACGUUAACCGGUAUUUACUUGUUUCCUGUCUGCCUUGCACAUGAUUUGUUUUACAAAGUCCUUUUGAGAAAAACAUGAAAUAAACUAGCUUACAUUAUGCUAUAUUGUCCACAACAGUGGGAAGGAAACCUUUUGAGCUGGUACAACAGGGCUGUCUAAUCUGACCUGUGGGUUUGAGUGCAGGUUAACUUAACCCUUUAAGCCCUAAGAGUGAUCACGAUCAAAUUUCUUCUUGUGAUACCAAUGCUUUGUGAAACAGAGUGGUCACGAGAACUACAGACAUGAUCACACAAGAUGAAUUUGUUUGAUACUUUAUCAACUUCUCCCCCACUUCUGUAGGAAAUGACUAGGGGCAACAAAUGAGAAUUCAAAUUUUGAUCUUAGGGUUUAAAGGGUUAAGUUCCAAUGUGAUCCCAAAGUUGAUAUUUGUUUAACUGUCAGUUUGCAUUAUCAUGUUUCCGCCACAGGUAACUCCACAUCAGCUCCACCUUCAUUUACAACUUCUUAUCCACCUUAUCGUAAGUAAACAGCAAGACACAAUACAUUACAAUCCACUAUACAGUUAGAGAGUAUCCAUAAAGCUUUACUACGUUUUGUAAUAUUGUUUUGUAUAACAUAGGGUCAAGUAUUAAUUUAAUGGUUAAUUAAUAUCAUUGUUUUCAGAAGUUGCAUUUUAAUAAAUGAGUAAGGACAAAAACUUAUGAAUGAAUGAAUAAAAAUAAAAAGAUAUUUAGUUUAUAAUCAAAUUGAUAGGUAGAUAAACACCUAGACAGGCAAAUAAAUAAGCUGUUUUUCUUUAGCUGCGACUGGUCAAUUUGGUGAAGGAACGUCUUGUUCUGGAAUUUGCAAGUUUUACCGUUCCAUGUUCACCAACGCAGCAAGACAACACAGAUUCUUUAGCAUUACCCAAGGCGCUUCUUACAUUCAUACUUUUUUUUUUAGUUUUUAUACUUUUAGUUUUUAUUUGAAUGUUUAAUUGUCAGUUCAACAGCAACAUUGAGCUAAAGGCACACCAGUAAGAAUGAAAAAAAAUAAUAAUAAAAUAAAUAACAAAAGGUAAAAUGCCCCUGCCUCACUAGUGAGCUUAACCCGAGUUGAAAGACUUCCUCUGACUGUAGAUAUGAGAUUCCGUUAACUUAAACAACUUCAGACAUUUUGAAUUCGUGUAAUACCGCUGCUUUAAACAAUAAAAGAGCGCUAUUGCUGUGUAUGAACAUAUUUGCCUGUAUUUAUCAAAUUAAGCCACUGUUUACCCAACGGGCAUACCAGUGCUGACAGUGAGACCAACUUUUGGAACACCAGGACCAAGCACCCAGAGGUAAGCCGUAGCACUGUUUCGUUACAAUUCAAACGAUAUGUCAUGAAUACACUUACCAUCGAGUCAAAAACAACUUGCAUUGCAAUUGGUUGAGGGUACUGUUUGCAAAACCUUAACUGUAAAUUAAAUUUGAUAACCGAUUAUACUUCAAUUCCCUCCAGUGCGAUAUUCGUCAUUCUCACCCACAACAGCGACAAUAUGAAACUUUACUCCUCCUACCCCGAGUUAAUCACUUUUCGCUUAAAGGUUUGGGGAGUAACGUGACCAGCCCAAACAGGGCUUUUUAUUGUGUCUUGUGGGAGAAAGAUAGAAGAUUCGGAGAAUGAAGCUAGACUAAGUAAGGGUGGUGGGAGGGGAAGGUGGUGUUUCUACACAAGUCAUCCAUUUUCCUUUACUUUUAAAACUUUAUUCACACUGGAUUCCUUAAAGAGAAACCCCAAUAUUAAAUUAAUUUAGACAGACUGAAAGUACCCAAAAGAAGUUUAUUUACAUAGAAAAAUGCUUUUCUCUCCUACUGUAUUUUUUGCCGCUAAAAGAGGCCUUUAACUGACAGAGACAAUUUCGAUCUUUCCGCGCCCACCAUUUUGGUCGGCGCGGAAUACAUCACUUAAUAUAUUACUUAAAUCGUAGUUUGGUUUAAGUAAACUAAGGUAUUCAAUUACAGAACUGCCUUCGAUUUUAGUUUCCGUUUUUUUUUUGUUUAUAGUACACAACUCUUGCUGUCAUUACUUUCCAUAACCUGUCUAAUAUUUUAUUUCAGCCGCCUCAGAUACUACAUUAAUGUUUUCCGAGCCUUACUCGACCAGGUAAAUGAAUAAUACAAACAACAAGUGUCACGUAAUAGCCUUAACUGAAAAUUAUUUAUUGUACUGAUUUGGGGCAGCAGGGAUGGUGCAAUGGUUUAUUGGCGACAGCACUCGACCCCUCCCCCCGCAAACGUCGCUCGGAUCAGUUCCCUGAUUAGAAUCCAUAUGGCGGUUGAUUUACAUUGUAGUUAAUACUGGUUUCAUUUCCCCCCAUUACCAGCUCCUGUUUGCUAGUGAUAAACAGGCUCACCAGGCAAAGUCCGAUAGUUUGGUCUAAGAUAAAUUAUAUUGAUCAUGAACUAAAGAUCGUAUACUUGGUAAUACUUCGCCCGAAGCUCUAACAUCCUAAAGGUGGACAUGCUCACUGCGUACAUCGCUAAUAAAAAAAAAAAUGUACACUGUCACAGUUGAACGUGUACAGAAAACGAAGACACCCCGUUCUUGUUCCAAUAGCUAAUACCAUCCUAGUCGGUUUGAUUAGUAGCAUGAUAAAGAAAACAGGGUCGAUCAAUUGAGAUACUCAUAUGGUACGGAGAUAAUUAUAAAUUUGUAUUUUGGUCCUAGCUUGAAGUUACAUAUUAACAAUUCUGAGCUUGAAAAAUGCGUCUCCCCCCAAAAAACGUUCUGGCGAGCAAAAACUGCCCUUUUCCUAUCUGAAAUGUAUCAGAGGCUACGUACGAGUAAAGGGGGUCUAAUUAAACCAGGAUGAUAACUACCUGAGUGUGGUGUCAGUGGAUUUUCUCAGCCUUUUCUUCCAAUUCUGGAAGAAUUUCUACAACACCUUAGUCGAAAGCUUCUUUUUUGAAUUCUUGUAAUUUAAGCCCAAGGAUUGACGAGCAGAUAUUUACUUUCUGUUUUCGUUAUUUUUUUUAAGUGUGUAUAUUUCGUGGGUGAUAUUCAUUAGACUUUACCGAGAACUUAUGUGUAAAUGUAUAACAAACGAACAGUUAGAAACAAAGGAAGUAAAAAAAAGACUAAUUUUCCAAAGUCAUUUUUUUCAACUUGUGUUCUUUGUUUGUAGAUGGAAUAUAUUGUGGAUAAUGAUCUCUCCGGUAAUAUCAGUGUACGGGAACACAAAGGUAAUGUAGCGAAAGUUGAACACAAUGUUCAUAUAUUUCAAAAAAAUAAUAAAAUAAACACAGUCAAUAAUGAUUUAGAGAAACAUAAACAUGUAAAAAAUAACGAAAUAAUGUUCCCACGUUUCGGCGAAAUGACGCCAUUAUCAAGGCAUGGAAAAAAACAUCAAAAAUGCAAGUUCAAAAGGAAUGUACUGCUAACAGGAGCGUCUCGAUAGAUACUAAUCAAAUUCUUCUUUCUAGCCAUUGGCUGGAGCUAUCUCCAUGAUCUUUCGCACAAGUUUGUAAAAAGAUUGAAACUACUAUGACGUGAAAUUGCAUGUCAAAAGACCUUCGUUUUCUACAGAUAACAGCCGAACAUCAAAAUUAAAAAAAAAAACUUCAUCACAAAAUAUCUCGAUGACGCUCUCACAGAUUCCGCUUAAACUGCACAAAUAUCGAGGCGGGUUUUGGAGGAAAAAGCUCCCGUGAACGAUUUUGGAAGAGCAGCUCCCAGUGCCGAGAAAAACUGCUGCAAGUAUAAUAGGUGAUGGCGUCAUUUCGUUGCUAAGACAACUCUGAUGUCAUUGCAACCCUAAUAAUAACAAAUUGUCUCAUACAAUUGUGGUUGCAUUUUUUUUACAAAUCUUUGUUUAUGGCGCCGUAGUUUAUGCUCAAACUUGGGACACUGAAAAACUGUAUCGAGCCACCUUAAAUUAAGUACUCUAAAUUUGCAUGAUUGAAAGAGCUAUUAGACAGAGAUUUAACGAAUUAAAUCCGUUUGCACCUUCAAAAACAGUCUUAGUUUUUUGAUGUCAGGCAUUUCGUUACUGAGGUAAUCAAAUUUGUUCUUGCAUUUUUUCCCUACACCACUACACAAACUACAAUAACUACACCAACUACACCAACUACAACAGCUACACUAACUACAUUAGCUACAGUAACUACAGCAACUACAACAACAACAUUAACUACAUUAGCUACAGUAACUACACCAACUACAACAGCUACACUAACUACAUUAGCUACAGUAACUACACCAACUAGACCAACUAGACCAACUACAACAACUACAGCAACUACAGCAACUACAGCAACUACACGGACUACACCAACAACAGUAACUACACCAACUACACCAACUACAUCAACUACACCAACUACAGUAACUUCACCAACUACACCAACUACAUCAACUACUGUAACAGUAACUACAGUAACUACACCAACCAAACAAAGUACACCAACUACGCUAACUACAGUUACUACAUUAACUACAGCAACUACACCAACUUUACCAACUACAGCGACU